CAGCGGUCCGUCGCGAUACCAACGCUGCGCGCCUGGGUGCUGGAGCGCGGAGCUGCGCAGGUUCAUGACUUGCUACAGGACUACUUCGUUGACCACAAAAAGCACGACGUGAUCGCAAUCCAACAGGCUGUAGUACCCAGCUCGCGGCAGGGCUCACGUGCCGCGGCGGACACCGCGAAGGAUUCUGCUGGUGUGGCAGCUACAAGUGCAGGAGAAUCUUCCUUCGCCUCGGGGUGCUUGUCCUCGGUGAUGCAAGUAACAAGUCGCGGAACAACAAGUUGUGACACAGCAGUUGUUCGAGUCCCCGAGGAGUUUUACGCUGAGCUGGAACUCCUCGACCGGUUCCUCCUUGCGAAUUUCUCCAUGCUGAUCGAGGACAUUCCCGUGGCGCGGCUGCACGAAGUUUUGCACGACACCGAAUUGAGCUGCGACCAGUGCUAUCAAAUGCAAAAAUGUCUGGGUCUGGAAAAAUGCAACUUGUGAUGCUGCAUUUGGAUGUCUACAAAAUUUGUGUUGCAUAAGCAGCAAAAGGAUUCUGAUUUUUGCUACGCGUGGAGGGCAUUUGUCAUGCCGAAUAGGCAUCAAGAAUCCCUCAAAAAACCUGUGAUGCUAGGGCAUGCAUCACAGACAUCAUGGCUCAUGCAAACCGUGCAUGACAAGUCUCAGAAUCUUCCAGACCCAGACACUUUUGCGUUUGAUAAGUGCGUGGGCUGCACAGUUGGCACGAGUGAGGUCCGAAACUUUUUCAACCAGCACGUCUCUUUGUCCACCCCGACUUCAUCUCGGAAUCAACAGAUAGCUCUACUAGACGGGCGGGAAAAGCCAAUGCCAACAUCUUCUUGCGUCGUGGUUCACAGAGACUACCAUCCGCCCUUCGGCGCGGUGAUGCAGAGCGGCAUGCACGUGUCGAAGGUGAAAACCAAGACGAUGGGCAAAGCAAACAAACCAGUAGUCCAGGAGUGGGCGGCGAAAGAUUUCGUGGAGAAAAUUUUGCCCGCAAUGGCACCGUCAUCCACGGCCAGAAAAAGUUCGGAGCAGGAGCAAAAGUGGGUCGUUUUGUGCCACACGAAGAUACAGGGUUUGCGGGAAGAGCUUUACGCAGGCAGAAAAAGCCCGGUGCUGGCGGAGAAGUUUUGUAAUAUCGCAGAUCGGCUGCACGAGGACCGUAAGAGAAGUAAAAGAGCAGUAGAACUACAGCCGGAACAAGAUCAUGACAACUCACGACCUGUGCAACAUUUCAUCGACACCUCCCCCAUCCGCCGGGAGUUCGUGAUCGAGCGGCAGGCCCAAAUCCAGGCGACGCACGAGUUCGAAGAGAUGCAGGAGCAAUUGCACAAGUACGACACUCUAGCCGAUGUCGGCGAGUGCAAGAAGAUCUGGCUCCGCUGGGUUUCGGAGUUGUCGAGGAAGAUCGAGUAUGGAUUGCAAAUAUGUCUGGGCCUGGAGGAAUACAAACUUGUGAUGCGCAUUUCAGAACACGACAGAAAAAUCUCUCGUGCAUAGGUAGCAAAAGCUGCCCCCUUUCUGUCACCAAAGGUGGGGAUUUGUCAUGCGGAUUCCGCAUUGCGGCAGCUUCUCGAAGCCUGUGAUGCUAGAGCUUCCAUGCCAGACCUUCUGUGUCAUGCAAAAACGGCAUGACUCUUCCAGAGAUCCAGACCCAGACAUUUUUGCAUUUGAUAUCGAGAGGAUCCGCUUCGAACCCACCGUGGAGGAACAGAAGACCGUUCUGUCUGCGAAGGUUCCUUCUUAUCUGCCCUCCGAUCUCCUCGCGGUCACUACCUGCCGCACCGCGUUCUCGGUUUUGUACCAGCCACGGAACUAGGCAUCGCAAAUAUGAUAUCUGGGUCUGAAAGACUGUAAUGCUGGUCUCACAACUUUCCUGCGAAAUUUGUAUUGCAUGGGCAGCAAAAGUCGGAGUCUCUUUUGUCAUUACAGAAACACAGACUCUCAUGCGGGCUUCGUAUGAGAAAGCAUUCUGGAAAGUUGUCAGGCUUUCCUGGAUUGUUUCCGACCCAGACAUAUUGAAUUUUGCAUUUGAUAGGAAGAAUAAAGACAAGGACGCACUUACGGACAUCAUCGGGCAGCAGUAUCCUGUGAAGAAACGUCCCCACCUUAUAGUUGUCAUGCAGAUUUGCAUGGUCAAAAUGUUUCCCAUGCGGAGCCCCAUGAGAAGCGUUUUCCAAUGGCGUUUUGGGAUUUGUGAUGCUCCAAUCAGCAUUCUAUUCUAGAUCUGUGAUGCGGCUGAACAAGCUAAGCAGGAUGACACUACGAGGCCAGACUUGUCAUGCGCAACAGCCAAAGCUGGCCGAUUUGUGUAGCAGGUUCCCCAUCUUGAUUAUGGGAUGGGGACGUGUUCACUCUGGAUAAGCAGCAGAACAACUUCAACAACUCCAGCGCCCUCACCGAAGAGGAGGCAGAUUUGAAGCAAAUUAACGAAUCAGUGGCCGCUGCUGCCAGGAAGAAAAACCAGAAUAGUGGUAUAUCUCCCGAUCAACUGUACUCCUCCUUCUCCGACUCUGGCCCGAACAAGGAGGCGAAGGUCGGCGGGUGCAAGGUGAAAGUGGUGACGCAGUCCAGGGACGUGCUGGCGGUGCCCUUCGCGGACAUUUGCUCGAAGAUCGGUGAUGCGAUAAAUUUUGAGUACAACUGCUACCGUGUGAACCAGACAAAGAAAACCGGACUGUUGACAAGUAACGCGACGUCGAACAACAGUGCCGAGGAUGAGGAAGUAGAAGGCGAUGUUGAUCAUACAACAGGAGCAAUGGGUGCAGGCACCACAACAAACCCACCAGCGGUAUCGGAGGAGGACACGAAACACAUGCGGAAAUUGCGGAACGCGGCGGCGUAUGGAUUGCAAAUUUGUCUGGGUCUGGGAAGUUGUGAUGCAGCCAGGUCUACGAUUGCUUGACGCUCUUGAAUAUGCAGCCACGCAUGACAAAUUUUUGAGCUGCUAUGUGUUGCGUAUCCCGCAUGGCCAGUUGCGUUUUUACAUGACAGGCAAGAGGUGCUCUUCCUAGUCAUGCAUCACAGAUUUAAGAGGCAUGCCAGACAAGCAUGACAAACUUGCCCCCAAGCAGACCCAGACCGAUUUGCAUUCGAUACGGUGGCGGAGCAGCAGAACCGGGCGGUGUUUGCGUCGAUUGACGCGGAGGAUUUGCAAGAGUAUCAGACAAGCAAAAGCUAGCAGGUCACAUUUGAUAUGCAAAAAUCGCAUUGCCAGAAAUCGAAAUGAAAAACAAAAAGUUCUUCUGCCUUGGGCGAGCCCAAAGCAUGUUGUUUGAGAUAUGCAAGAGAAAGUUUUUUUUCGCAUCACAAAUGUGUAUGGCAAUGUCGGUGCGGUUGUUUUAGCAUCACAAAUGUCGUGCAUUUUCGCAUUACAAAUGUGCCCUGCUAGUUUUUUUUCUGUUCCAUAAGGAACAGGAGCUGAAACAAGUGCAGGACGACUUCGCGAAAGAGACGAAGUUGACGCAGCGGAAGCUGUACUUAUCAAAUGUAAAAAUGUCUGGGUCUGGAAACUUGUGAUGCUGCGUUGGGAAUAGUGAAUGCUCUGGAAUGCACAGGCAAGCAUGAGAAGUAUCUGCGCUUCUUUGUGCGGCGUUUUUCGCAUGACAAGCAAAAGGGUCUCUUCUUGGACACGCAUCGCAAACUUUUUGGUCAUGCCAGACAAGCAUGGUAUCGAUGGAGGGCGGGACCUGCACCGGCGACAGGCGCUAUCCAACCAACCAACCAACCAACCAAGUCUCAGAAUCUUCCAGACCCAGACAUUUUUGCACUUGAUAGUACUACGAGAAGAUCAAAAUGCUGGAAGACCCGGUGUGGGACCGGUACACGGUCCGGGUGCCCCUCGGGGCGGAGCUCUGCCAUUUGCUCCUCGAGUGCUGUCCGGUGGAGUGCGACUACGAAGACGCCAAGCACCUGCUUUCCGCCGAGCAGCAGCAGGCCUGGGAACAAAAGAAGCGGGACGGAAAAAUGGACGAGAAAGGUACAGAAACCACUCGCGGCGGCGGCGGCGGCGGCGUUGCAGGAGCUUCAGGAGGAGCUCCUUCUUCUUUUCAGCAGUCCGAUCGCGAGCUCGGACUAGCAUCUUCUUCCGCGGGGGGAGUAACAAGUGGCACGUUUGACGAGGCAGGAGCAAACAAUCGAGAAGCCCUUGUUCCCUACGAUGAGAUGCACCACAGCAGUGACAACUUCGACCGCGUAGAAAUCAACGCGUUGUACCACCGGCUGAUUUGGCAGUCGCAGAACAAGAUGCAGGGGCAGAUUGUGAUGCGCGAGAUCUGUCGGCAGCAGUUGGAGGAGGCAAAUUUUCCGCAAACGAUUCGGCCCGUGAACCCGCCGAUGAUCUGCAAACCGCUGCCCUGGCUCGGCCCCCGGAAGGGGUGCUACUACCUGCACUCCGUCCGGCUGAUUCGCCCCACCGGGUCCCAGAAAACCAUGGACGACGCGAAGGUGUACGACAUGACCAAAGUACAGAAAGCCAUGGACUAUCAAAUGCAAAAAUGUCUGGGUCUGGAAGAGUUGGAACUUGUCAUGCGAAUUCUGGAAUAGGCAAAAAUUUGUAUUGCAUAAGCACCAACAGCUUCCCAUUUCUUGCUACGCAAAUAGGGAAUUUCUCAUGCGGGAUAGACAUCAGGAGGCCUGCGCAAAACCUGUAAUGCUUUUGCGUGCAACAUUAUAGACCAGUUGCGUGAUCCAGAAGAUGCAUGACAAACUCCUGCAAUCUUCCAGACCCAGACAUUUUUGCAUUUGAUAUGGACGUGCUGUCGCAGGUCGCGUGGCGCGUGAACAAAAAGGUGUUCGACGUCAUGAGCGAAGUGUGGGAUAUCAAAUGCAAAAGUGUCUGGGUCUGGAAGGUCCAGACUUGUCAUGCUAAAGCUGCAUCAUGCAGAAAAUCUGUGUUGCGUGAUUACCAACAGCCAUCCUUUUUUACCAAGGUGAGAGGGAAUUUGUCAUGCAGGACUGGCAUGAUAGAUGUCUCACUGAAUUUGUCAUGCUAGGUGCUGCAUUCUAAACCUUAUGAGCCACAGAAAACCUGCAUGAAAAACCUGGCAAUCUUCCAGACCCAGACAUUUUUGCAAUUCAUAUGGGAGAAGGAUUUGCAACUGGCGAAAAUUCCGCCGCGGGAGAACGUCCCGCUGUCCGAGCUUUUCAAAUCGGCGGAACAGCUGAAAGGCAUGGGGCCCGAGGCGCUGAAACUGCACCUAUUGCAGAUCCAGCAGGCCAAGCGGAAGAACGCGCAGCUGGUGUCCGAACGGCCCACCUUUUUGCUCCGGUUGAACGCGGCGAGAGAGUACUACUUUGCGGACCAGGUUUUCUUCCCGCAUUCCAUCGACUUCCGCGGCCGCGUAUGCAUUGCAAAAAUGUCUGGGUCUGGAAACUUGUGAUGCUAGCAUGUGGAUGAUGGAAACAGUUCCGAAUGCAACACAGCACGACAACUUCUCAGAACACUUUCUCAUAGGAAAUCCGCAUGAGAAACUGCGUUUUUGCAUGUACAAAAGUGGCUGCGACUUGUGUUGGCUAUGCAAUACGGAUUGCCUAGGUAUGGAGAGCUGGCAUUACAAGUUCCAACCUUCCAGACCCAGACAUAUUUGCAGUGGAUACCGUGCCUACCCGAUCCCCCCGCACUGGAACCACCAGGGGCCGGACGUCUGCCGGGGCCUGCUGGAGUUCGCGGAGGCGAAACGGCUGGGGGAACGCGGGUGGUAUUGGCUGAAGAUCGCCACGGCAAACUUGUACGGAAAGGACAAGCUUUCCUUGGAGAAACGGGUCGAGUGGGCGGAGGAGAACAUGGACAGAAUUUGCAAAACAGCCAGGGACCCCUUCGCUGACGAGGAAGCCGUGCAGUUUUGGAGCACAGUACUAGAGACGUUACGCUUUGCUUUAUCUUUUAUCUGGGUAGUGGCAAUAUGACAUCAUAGAGAUCGACUGCCUGAGUCAAAACUUAUAUGUGAAAUUUUAUCUGUUUUUCUAAAAUGCUAUCACACAGGCCGCGGACGGUGCGUGGCAGUUUCUGGCGAAGUGUUUCGAGGUGGAAGCCGCAAGAAGUUGCCCCGAGGGUCCGACCAACUACCUCUCCCAUACGCCCGUUUUCCAGGACGGCAGCUGCAACGGCCUGCAGCACUACGCCGCUCUGGGCCGGGACAAGCGGGGCGGCGCGGCGGUGAACCUGUUACCGUCGGAGGUCCCGCAGGACGUGUACACCAUCGUGCUCGAGGAGUGCAUCCACCGCGUGAACGCCGACACGCACAACAACGAGCAGGCCCAGCUUUGCGUGCAGCACGAGGUGCUAAAACGAUCCACCGUGAAACAAACGGUCAUGACGAUCUGCUACGGAGUCACGAUUCUCGGUGCGACCGAACAGGUGCGGGGCAAACUCCGGGACCUUCUCGGCUCCAAGGUGGACGAAGCGACCCUGCGGAAGAUGGCACAGUACCUAGCGCUAUCCUGUGUAAAAACGUCCUCAUCCCAUAGUCAAGUUGGGAACUUAGCAGCACAAAUCUAAAAGUUUGGGGAGCGACGUAUGACAAGUUGCAGCCCGUAGUGUAGCGCAGGUUCGUAAGGACAACCGCAUCACAAAUCCAUCUGCUCUUCCUGUUUCCAGCAUUACAAAUUGCAAAAGACAACUAGAAAUGCCUCUCAUGGGGACCCGCAUUACAAAUGUUUCUGUAGAUGCAAAUCUGCAUGGCAACCCUGGGGCGGGGACGUUUUUUUUUCAGGAUAAGCGCGGAGGAUUCUCCAGUCCGUGGACCAGGUGUUCGACCGCGCCAUGCGCAUCAAAAAGUGGUUUAUCAAAAUGAAAAGUCCCCCCUCCCCAUAUCAACAUGGGGAAUGAUUUGUAACCACAAAUCAUGUUGUCAUGCUAGAAGGCAAAAGAUGCGGACUGUCGUGCUGGCUAGCGUGGGAAGGCCUUGCAUCUUCAGCAUUACAGGAGGCAACUGGAAGUGGAAAACAGCAUGACAAAUUUUCAGCAAUUCAGGCCACGGCUGCUUCUCUUGGCCGUCUAGCAAUACAGGUCGAUUUGUGUACGCAGAUCCAGCGUCACAGAUGUCCUUUUCAAUAUGGGGAGGGGAGAUUUUUCCUUGCGAUAUGGCUCGACGCGGUCUCCGUGGUGUUUUCCGACGUGAACCUGCCGUGUUGUUGGAUGACGCCGUUUGGCUUGUCCGUGUCCCAGCCCUACUACGUGCAGUCGAAGCAGACCGUCAGAACGGGGCUUCAGUCCGUGACCCUGUGCAACGAUUCCAGCAGCGAAGUCGACGGGCGGCACCAGAAGUGCGGGUUUCCGCCGAAUUACGUACACUCCCUGGACGCGGCACACAUGAUGAUGGUGGCGACGAAGAUGCACGAAGCAAACAUGGACUUCGCGAUGGUGCACGACUCGUUUUGGACGCACGCGUGCAACGUCGACUUUAUGAAUUUCCACAUCCGGGACAGCUUCAUCGAACUCCACAACCAGCCGCUUUUACAGGACCUGGAACGGGAUUAUUGUCUCAUGCUCGGGGCCAUGCGCGACCGCUUACCGGUGCUGCCGCCACGGGAAGAGGAUCUGGAUCUGGAGAAAGUGCGCGAAAGCUUGUACUUCUUCGACUAGGUGGUCGGGGUGCUGGCAGAGUCGAGUCGCAUGGUAGUAGUUGAAGAGUGGAAGAUGUACUUAGCAAGUUCAUCACGAAGAACUAUUCAAGAUGAUAGAUUGACGAGGAACCUCCUACAAAAGGACAACAACAAAAUCUAGCGACAUUUCAACAUUUGGACACAUCUAACGACACUUAUUUUGACGUUUCGUCUCGCUCUCGCAAAGUUUGAAUGUAUAUGCCCAUGCGUGUCUCAGCUUAUUCAGUUGUCUGUUGUCAUGUGCUGCAAGUAGUACUACACGCAUUAAAAAGUGCGGAGUUGUCAAGGUUGCUCUUGCCCGG